GCAUCGAGGAACACAAUCAGCGGCUCUUAGGGCGCCAAUCACCUCCUAACAGGGGGGAAUUCCUUCCGACAUGGCCGCGCCAACCACGUGGCUCCGUUUUCUACCCAACUGAACGUUUCCUUUGCCUGCGAACCAUCCGCGUGCUGCCGCUCUCCUUCGUCCCCGUCGCCGCCUCUCCGCCAUGGCACCGCCCAUCUCCCCCAAGUGGCUGCCCAUGUACCGCUGGCUGGCGUCCCUCCCCCCCAACACCGCCACCCUGGCGGCGUGGGAGGUGCGGCAGUGGGUGCAGCAGCAGUGGGCGCGGCUGCCCCUGGAGCUCAGGCGCACGCCCCUGCAGCGCAUCGUGCAGUACACGGUCACCGCUUUCCACCGCAUCAAACACCAGGGGGGGCUAGGGAUUGGGGAUGAGCAGCUGAUGCAGGGAGAGGGACCGCUGGGGGAGGAGGAGGGAGUGGUGCGUGGUGAGUCAGUGAGGGGGAGAGAUGUAGGGAGGACGAGAGUGGUAAGGAGGACGCGAGAGGCAGGGGUUAGAGCAGAGGGGCUGGGGUAUGGGCGCAGGGGUAGUGGGGAGGGAGGGAAUUGGGAGGAGCAGGGUGACCGGGUCAAGGGGAGUGAGGAGGAUAGGGAGGGAGAGGAGGAGGUGGGGGAAGACCGGAGUGGGGGAGGAGGAUACGCUGGGAGGCGCAGAAGGCGGGGAGGAAGAAUGGCGAGAUGCACAGAGCAAUUGAAGUUGGGGUGCAACAAGUCUACGAACAUACUUGCAGUGUUGCCAGGGCACCUGCCACAUUCUCGUCCCCCUGUUGAAUCCAUCGCCCCCUUCACUCCCCAGCAUCCUGUGAAGAAGCGGAGGGCAGUGGGGGUAGCGGUGGGAGGGGAGGGAGCAGAGGCAAAGGGGGUGAAGCACAUGGUGGAGCAGCAGCACUGCGCUCUGGUGAACCACUUCAACAGCCUGGUGUUGCUGCAGCGCCACCUGCUGCUGCUGCAGAGCCCUUGUGGGGAGGGAAGUGGCGAAGGGCCGGUGGAUGGGGGCGAAGGGCAGGCGGCAGGCGGGAGUGAGGGGAAGGCAGAGGAAGAGGCUAGGACGCAGGGAAGGUUGGGAGCUGCGGGGCGAGAGAAGAGGGUAAAGCAAGAGGGGGUGUUGGGGAAGGAAGUGUGUUUGGAGGAGAGGGGGGGAGGGCACGAGGAAAGUGGCAAGGGGAGGGCGGGUGGUGAGAGAGUGAAAGAGGAGCGCGCUGUUGUGGCAGGAGACGAAGGCAAGCCGAGUGGAGAGGCUUUAAAGCAGGGCGCAGAGCAGAGAGGUGGGGAGAGCGGAGUGGAGAGAGGAGAUGUUGUCGUGGGAGCUGACCUGUGUGCUGUUCCAGGUGGCAGCCACCAGGCGGCAGGGUUGAAGGGCAACGUGGGGUUGCAAGGCAACUCGGACGUGAAGGAAGGCAUGCUGAUGGGAGGCGUGAGGCGGCAUGAGUUCGUGCCCCCGUGGAAGUUCCCCUUCUCCCCGCGCCACUGCUCUGAGUGCAAGGCGACUCUUGGCUUGGCGCUGUGCGCUCGCAGUCAGAUGCAGGGUCGGACUGGGGCGGUACUAGAAAGGAGGGAGAGGGGAGAAGCGGUGAGAGCACUGGGCGGCAGGGAGGAGAGGUGGGAAGAUUCGAGUGGGCCGACUGCGACGCUGGAGUCGUGGGUGGUGUGCAGCGUUGACUACCACGGAUGUCACUUUAAGGGGGGAAGAGGCCGCCCGGGGGCAUCAGUGGGUGUGAGGUCAGAUGGUGGCGGCAUUGUGAGUGGGGGGAGUGGGCAGAGUGCACGUGGGGAAAACGAGGGCGGUGGGGAGCAGCAGGACGGCAAGGGGGUGGAUGCAGGUGAUUGGGGCAGGCAGGGCGCGAAGGGUGAUGCCCCGAGGGGGGCCGAGCAGAGGGUGCAGGUGUCGACGGGAGGGGGGGCGGAAAGCGGGGUUGGAGAGAUGGGGGAAGCUAGUGGAGUGAGGAGGAGGGGUUUAGGAGAGCAGGAGGCGGGGCAGGGUGCAGGGGAGACACGUGAUGCAGUGGUUGGUGCUGCCGCGUGGUGGGGUGUGAGUGGGGCCGUGAGGGCGAGGGAGUGUGGAAGGGGGUACAGGAGGCAGGCAGCGUGUGGGGAGGGGGGAGGGGCGGGUAGCAGAGGGAGGUGGAUGCGGGCUAAGAGCGCCCAGAGCUACUCCGCUGUGUGGACAGGAUGGGGAUCACUGGACAAUCCGCGUCGAGGCCUGGGGUCGGUGCUCUGCCAAUCACGUGCUGACACGUGGGGCCCUAGCUGGGCGAGCUACACCUCCCAUGCUGCUGACGCACCCACCACCAACAUCAGCGAUCUGGCAGUGCAGAAGGUGUUGGACGCGCGCUUCCAUCCCGGGGGCCUGCCUCACCUCGUCAUCGGCUGCAACGAGGCACCCAACGAGCUGCUUCUCUUUGAUCUCUCCACCGGCGCGCACCGCCCCCUGCAGGGCCAUGCCUGCCAGAUCCAAGCAGUGGAGUAUGCCAUGGGAGGUGACGUCAUCCUCUCCUGUGGGGGCAGCACGCUCAAGGUGUGGGAUGCCAAGUCAACAGCGCUGUUGCACUCGUGUGGCAAUAGAUCCCCUGCCUUCUCACAUGCGCAUGCCUCUGCUGCUUCAGCUGUCGUCCACGCGAGUGCAGCUGGCGGUACCUCUGCCAGUGGCAGUAGCAGUGGCAACCCGUUGAUUCCUUUUCACCGUGACAAGAUCUGCGCCCUUGCGGUUAACCAGCAGCUGCCACACCUGGCCGCCACCAGCAGCGGCAGCAGCGAUCCGCGCAUCAUUCUGUGGGACGUGCGCUCAGCAAAGCCCCUCGCCCACCUCUGCCCCUCCUUCACCGUUUCAUCCAGCAUGCUGCACGGUGCAUCAUCCUCUCGCCCUAGGAGGCUGCUGCCCUCCCCUGCUGCACGUGCCGCUCCCACUGCUGCUGCCCCCACUGCUGCUGUUGGCACAUCAGGAGCAGGAGGGGCAGCAGGGGCAGGCAGAGUGGGGACCAGUGCGCGGGUGCGGGUGCGCAUGGCGAUGGAUGCGCUGUGCUUUGCGGACGACCGCUGGCUUGUGUGCGGCUCUGAUACCAUCGGCGCUGCGCCCUCGGCCGUGGUGCUCUGGGACACCUCCCGCCCCGCCGCCUCCUCCCCGGCACCCACUGCUGCUGCUGCCGCUGCGAGUGCGGGGCCUGCUGUGGUUCACAUGCCCGCCUUCUCUUCUUUUGUGACAUGUGUCGGUCCUAGCCCAGCGGACCCCCGCACCAUCAUUGCUGGCGGUGGAGAUGGCGCCGUGGCUGUGUUUGACUCGCGCAUUCACAAGGCUGUUGCCCGAGUGUCCUUGGGGCAAGGUUGCGAGGUGACAUCAGCAGCCUUCAGCCCGUGCGGUCGCUUCUUCCAUGCCGCCUGCUCUGCCAACUGCUGCUUCGUCUUUGACUCCCGCUGCCUCCCCUCCUCCUCGUCCUGCCCUCCUUCCUCCGCCUCCUCACCAUCUUCCCCCCUCUGCGCUCUCUUCCGCCUCUCCCACGGCCUGCCCGUGCCCUCACUGCAGCACUCGGUGCAGCAUGCCGGGUCUGUGGACUGUGGGGACGAAGGGGUGAACGACGCCCGCUGGCUCUCAGCCUCGCCUGGCCUCGUGACAGGCAGUGGCAAUGGCAGCAUGGCUGUAUGGGAUGUGACUCUAGCUGACCCCCUCACUGCCGUCUCCUUUGCACAUACUCGAUCAAUAAAUACUGUGGCGGUGGCACCUGAUGAUGCCUGCAUUGCCACGGGUGGCGACGACCAGAAAGUGGUCCUAUAUCUGUCGCCGUUGACUGCCUCUCCAGCCUCAACUCCUUGGAAGCUUACACACCCCUUGCGCUUGUCGCCCUUGUUACAAUAGUCGUCAUACAGAAAACAGUCAUGUUAUCGUUUUCCCACGUAUACGGGACCCAAAUGCCAGUUUUUUUUACAGGUGCAUAUUUAAAGUCCCUAAUGUCAAACAUGUUUAUUGUCAUGUUUGUAUAGACUGUAUAGGGUCAUCUCUUAGAGAGUACACGACUUAGGUAUAUCUGUGUGUACUCUGUUGGAAAUAUCUCAAAGGACUUAAGC